UAACGCGCCAAUCUUCGAAAUUGGCAAAAUCCCUCUGAAUCGUCCCCGCCACGCGCCGCCCAAGAAUCCAAAACCCCUCCUUCCUUCAUAAACCCUCAAUCAAAAUCCUUCCCCCUCCUAUUCAUCAAGAAAUCAUCAAAACCACCAAUCCCAAAUCCCCAAUACUCUAUAUGGAUUCAUCAAAAACAAAACGCCACAAACCUACCAACAACCCUCCAAUCAUCGACCAAACCCUACAUAAUGAUCCCAUCAACGACAGUAACAAAAACCCAAUCGUCGAGAAAACCCUAAUUUCCAACAACGACCAUCAUGACCCAAAAGACAGAAUCAGCAGUUUACCAGACUCAAUCCUCUGCCACAUCCUCUCAAAACUCCCCACCAAAACCGCCGUCGCCACCGCCGUCCUCUCAACCCAAUGGAAACACCUCUUCGCUUCCAUCCCCAAUCUCUCUCUCCACAUCGACGACGCCGCCGUUCCCAACAACGACCAACCCAGUCCCAACUUCGCCAAUUUCAUGUCCCACUUGUUAACCGUCACCCUCCGCGGCGCGCGGUUGCGCGAAUUCGUCCUCUGUUGCAGUCAUGACUACGGAAACGACCGGAUCGCCUCUUGGAUUUCCGCUGCAUUAGGGCUUAACCCCAUUAAGCUUUUGAUUUUCUUCAGUGCGAAGAACACCAGCAUGUCGGUUCCCAGUUUUUUUAAUUCCUCUACGAUUGAGUUCUUGGCAUGGAGUCAACAGUUUGCUGUGAAAGUUCCAAGCAAAGUUUGUUUACGGAAUCUUAAGCAGUUAUUCCUAGUUCUUGUUAGAUUCCCGGAUGGGAGUUCGCUGGGGAGGGUUCUUGAUGGGUGCCCUGUGCUCGAGGAUUUGUCAUUGGACGGUUGUGAAUUCGAGGGUACUGAAAUUCUUCAAAUUUGCUCGGGUUCACUUAGGCUUCUGGCGCUGACCAACUGCUGCCUUGAAAGUCGAUAUCAGAUGGAGAUUGAUACACCGGUGCUCCGAGUGUUAUAUUAUGAUGGCUAUGCAGCCAGGCACUAUCCGUCGUUGAAUCUGAAGACUCUUGUUAAGGCUCAUGUAGAUAUUGGACUGAGCAAGAAACUACUGGAGGAAGCAGAUGUUGAUGUGUUACAGGAUUAUGAUCAAAGUGUUGCUGACCUUGUUGGAGCAUGCUGCGAUGUUACCAUCCUGUAUUUAUCGGGGGCUUCAAUGUCAGCUAUUCGUUGUUCUUCCAGUCCAAUGCCUUUUUUUCACAAUUUGAUGAAAUUAGAGCUAGGUACUCUCUACCGUCUUGGAUGGGAAUUGCUGCCACACUUGCUUGAACGUUCACCUAAUCUUGGAGUCCUUGCCUUUAAGUGGGGCUUGUCCGCAGAGAUAGGGUGCUUUACAAUAUUUCAAAGCGGUCUGCCAAAUAAUGUUGUGCCUGCAUGUUUAUCGUUGCGCCUUCUUAGUAUCUCCUUCGGGGAAUUUAAUGGGGAGCCUGAUGGAAUCAAGCUGGUGUGUUAUUUCUUAAGGAAGGCUAAAGUUUUGAAGCAGAUGAAAUUUAACUUUUGUUCUUCUAUGCCUUUGGAAAAGCAGUUGUCCACCUGGACAAAAUUAGUGUUGUUGCAAAGUUACUCGAAGAACUGUAAGAUGGAUUUUCCACGUGAAGUCGAAGAUAACAUUGUCAACUUUUGUCAAUUGGAUGGAAGCCAGAAAAUAACAAAGGAAUACGUCCGGGAACAUGAAAUGGAGAUCAGAAGAAGUCUUGAUGUGGUUCGUCGUGGUUCUGCAUGAAAUACAUGCUAUAUUGUCCGUUAUGUCUAGGAUUAAUCCAUAUUCCAUGUUUGUUUUUUGUCGCUUUUGUUAAUUUUUUGUGGAAAAUGAAUUUUGCAACGAUGUUUACUACACAAGAUUUCUUCUACACUAUUUCCCUGCUUUUCUUCAAGUUAUCACAACAGUGUUUUGAGCGAUUUGAGUGUCAUACGAUCUUCUGCUGGUACUGGCAUUUUUAGCACUUUCUUAUUUGUGGUGAUUCGUUGUAUAUAGCUUUGCUGGAGAAUGUUU